UAUAACUAAUCUGUAGCUGCGAUAGAGUUGGACCCCGCCCAUAAUUCCCACUGAAAUAUACUGACUGGGGAGCGGAGGCUCCAAACCAUAUAUAAAGCAGCAGUCCCAUCCUCUGCCACAUACAGAUCUGUUUCACCAACUACUGUUUCAGUGGGCAGAGAAAUAUCAUCCUGAUCAGAUAUUAUUCUAUGCACAACGUGGGGCCAUUUGACGUUUUUGAAGGAUAACGAUUGACCACUUUUUUCCCUGAAUAUGUAGUUGAUAAAGCUGAGUUUUUGGAAGCUGGAAAACAGAGGGAGUAGAACUACAGUUCUGUUUAAGGAGUAUUUUCUCUUUUACCUGGUUAUUUAUUUUUGUAUCAACUUUUUUGAUCAACAAAAAUAUCUAACAUUGAGAUUAUUUGUUUGUUAGAUUGUUCAUAUGACAUUAUUUUCCCCAGUGGGCAAAAAUGAAGGCUACUUCAUCCUUGGAUGCUUCAUUAACAAAUGUGUGAAAAUAGUGGAUCGGUUGUGGCUCUUCGAACAAGGACUCUUAUACAGACACACGCUUCAUCCUUAUGGGUUGUGAUAACUUGACUUACAGCAACGGGACUUUGCCUGCUAGGCACCCUUACACUGUGCAGACUUCUGUGCCUCUGACAAUACUGGUGGGUAUCCUUAUUCUACUCACAGUGUUCGGCAAUGUCCUAGUGGUCAUCGCUGUGUUCACCAGCCAGGCCCUAAGAGCCCCUCAGAACUUGUUUUUAGUGUCCUUAGCAUGUGCAGACAUUUUAGUGGCCACUCUGGUAAUGCCCUUUUCUCUGGCUAAUGAACUGAUGGGAUAUUGGUACUUUGGUCAAGUGUGGUGUGAGAUCUACCUGGCCCUGGAUGUUCUGUUCUGCACCUCGUCCAUCACACAUCUGUGUGCCAUAAGUCUGGACAGAUACUGGUCGGUCACUCAAGCCAUUGAGUACAACUCGAAAAGGACGCCACGCAGGAUCAAAUGUAUAGUGUUAUUCGUGUGGGUGCUGGCUGCCAUUAUAUCAUUCCCACCUCUCAUUUCGAUGGAGAAGGAAGGAGCCAAAGAGGAGGGUCCCACAUGUAAGAUCAAUGAGGAGAAGUGGUACAUCAUAUUCUCCAGCACCGCCUCAUUCUUCGCCCCAUGUGUGAUCAUGAUUUUGGUGUACGUUCGAAUUUACCAGGUUGCCAAGAAGAGAACCAGGGCCCCUCCGGGUGAGAGGAGAAGAGAAAACGAUAAUCCAGAUAAAAGUCAGUAUGGCUUAGUUCAGCAGGACCCUUUGGAGACAGGGAACAAAGGAGGGAGAGAUGGAGUGGAGGAGGACGAGGAGGUCAAUGGACUAAAUGUGGAGGAAGAGUGCUCCUCGUCUGAUGGGAACGAGAACCAGUGCUCCAUCAAAAUGAAGCGGAGCAAGGAAAAGACCAAAGUGUGUCAGGUGAAACUAGGAGAACCGUCCACUAAAGGUGAUGAUGCACAGCAGUAUGUGAAAGUGAGCCGGUGGAAAGGAAGGCAGAACAGAGAGAAGCGCUUCACAUUUGUUCUGGCUGUGGUCAUGGGAGUGUUUGUCGUCUGCUGGUUCCCCUUCUUUUUCACGUACACACUCACCGCUAUAUGUGACUCCUGCUGUGUCCCUGAGACAUUGUUCAAUUUCUUUUUCUGGUUCGGAUACUGCAAUAGCUCACUGAAUCCAGUCAUAUACACUAUAUUCAACAAUGACUUCAGGAGGUCUUUCAAAAAGAUCCUUUGCAAAAGGGAUCGACGAGGGCUAUGAAUACGCUUUUUUUGGACUAGCUACUAUUUCUUGUCUGAAUACAGAUUUCAUUUUUUACAAGUUGGAGUCAUGUACAGUCUCUUAUGGAUUAAGGAAAGACAAUGUACCUAUUGGGAAAAACUUCCCAACUUCCUAAAACGUUCCAUAUUCAGUUCUGUCCCACUGGGCACACACUGAUUGAAUCAAUGUUGUUUCAACAUAAUUUCAAUGAAAUUACGUAGAACCAAUUUGGAAUAUACGUUAAAUUGACGUUUGUGCCCAGUGGGGUGCUGCAAGCAAACUGUGAUCAAUUUGUAAUGCACCUGUUACUGUUUUUAUGUGUGUGUCAAUGUACAAUAGUUUUGAGUUCAUUACAAUCUUUAAUCCCAUAACAACCAUUUAGAUGUAUUUGACUUUGAAACUAAUGAAUGCCAUGUUGUUUAGUACUUCAUGCAUGUUGUAAGGGAGCUGGCUAAUAUCUCCAUGGAUCUUGCUUAAUAAAAAUACAAUAAAAAAAGUAUGUUUUUAUUGUCACAUACACCGGUUGGGAUGCAGUGAAAUGUGUUGUUUUACAGGAUCAGCCAUAGUAGUAUGGUGACCCUGGAGCAAAAUAUUUUUUCACCCAGUAGGCUCAGGUAUUCAAACCUUUCAGUUACUGGCCCAACACUCUAACCACUAAGCUAACUGCUGCCCAUAAUGUAAUGCUAAAUGUUAAUAUCUAGGCUAUAAUUUGUUCAUGUAUAAUGUCAGGGAGCAUAUGCAUGUCUUAUGAAUAAACAUAUUUAAACAUGUCUUCCCUGAAUAUUACAGUAUUCCCUGAAUAUUACGUAAGUUAUAUAAGCAUACAUGCAUUUGGGGUACCAAUUGAGUUUGAGGGGUAUGAUUUUUGUACAUUAUGUAAAUGUUCCAGAAAACCAAAACUAUAACUCUACGCUCUAAACAUGUUCAUUGUAUUCUACCUACGGAAUAAGGACAAUGUUUCAACCUUCAUGUACCAUAUUGCACAGACCCAGAGGAGAUAACAGAAAGAGAUCCCUGGUUUCCCACAUGGCAAGACAGACUGAAUCAUUCUACUGCAGACAUCACUACCAAUAUAAUUUGAUUAUUUCUGUCUUUAUCAGUAGCGAGAGGAAACACCAUGCCAGAAUCAACAGAUUUUAUGGUGCAUGCUGAAUACAGUAUAUUAUUUAUAUGAUAUUUCACUCACAGCCUGCAAAUUGGCAGGAUGAACACAAAAGAAGAAAAGGUUAUCAUUUUUUUCAGUAAAAUAUAUCAGUACAUUAAAGGAAAAGUCCACCCCAAAAAUAUAUUUUGGUAUUUGUUUCAUUAGCCCAUUGUUGACUGUCUCAAAAUGUUUUGCUUGUCACCGAUCAAGUUUUGAAGAUAACUUUCAAAAUACAUUAUUUUUUUGCAUCAUAUGAUAGUGCAUUUUGCAUCAUAUGGGGAUGAUUUUUAUAUUUUGAAAGUUGAAUAUCUUGAAAACUUGAUUGCUGACAAGCAAAACAUUUUGGGACUAUGUCAACAAUGGACUAAUGAAACAAAUACCAAAAUCUAGUUUUGGGGUGGAAUUUUCCUUUAAUUGAUGGGUGUUGGAUUUAUGCCAUCAGAGAGAAGUAAAUUAUGUUAGUGAUGCACACAUGAGUCACUGCAACCCCUGUUGAUGAUCCAUAGCAAAACAAACUAUAUAAUCAUAAUAUGUAUAGACAGGUUAGCUGACAAAGUCACGAAAUGAUGCAUGCUGCAAUGGAGCUGAAGGCUGUGUGUGGUUAUAAUUCUGGAUGGCCAGAUAGCUAGCAACAAUGACAUGAAGCUGUCAUGUGGGGAAUCGUAUGUGGCUCAUUUCAGCUAAUUUUAUCUUGUUCUUGAUACCAUGUCUUGUUUUGAGGUGUUUGGCUGAUGUCAUAUCUAUGCUAAUGCUAAUAUUGCAAAAAAGUUGCGAGCCAACUAACCAACAUCUGUAACGAUGUAUUUGAGAGAC